CCUAAUUAGUAACUUAGAAAAAAAAAACCCUAUCAUCACUUCGUGACAGCCCCCCCACCCUAUUCUCACCAUUUUCCUUCAAGCCAGCCCCCACCUUCGCCGAGCUCCUCCCAACCCUCUCCAUCAUACGUCGUUACCCUUCCUCCCAGCCCCUACCAUUGUCGUUCACCUUCCUCCCAACCCCUAUUUCGUCACAGCCCCCAUGAUCGAAGAAGGUAGAAACCCUAGCGUCACUGAGCUCCUCUAGCGCGUCUCACCGCGAGCUUCUUGUCACCGCGAGGAAGAAGAGUAGGUGUCGCGCUCCUCCGCUAUCCAGCCACCAUGGAACUUCGAAGAGAGAGAGAGAAAGUGCACGAAGAUGAGAGAGAGAGAGGGGUCAAUAGCUGAGCUCGUGUCCGUCCGUCACCGCCUCCAGUGCCGUCACCGCCACCGUUGAAGCUCUGCUACGGCUGCUGCUGCCGUCUGAGCCACCGCCAGGGGAAGCCCCUGCCGCCGUUACGACGGGUGGAGUCCGCCGUUGAGCUGUGCCCCGUUCAGUUUCACCGCGAGCUUCCUGUCACAAGAGCAAGUCUGAUUCACAGCAAAAUCCUCUAGUAGGGAUAACUUAAUAUUCUUGCAAAACUGGUUUGUAAAGUUCCCACACUACAGAAACAGAAGUUUGUUCAUAGUAGGAGAAAGCUAUGCUGGACACUAUGUUCCUCAACUUGCUGAGCUUAUGCUAGAAUUCAACAAAAAAGAGAAGUUGUUCAAUUUAAAAGGCAUUGCUGAUGUUGUUUUUGGACUGGUAAAGACAAAAGGAGUUGAGUAGUUGUUGUGGCACCAGUGUAUAACAACUUCAAAUGGCAUCUCAAAAUGAAGGAACUAAGCAGAUGAACAAUGAAGGAAAUUCCAAAAGAAAAAGGUUAAGAACCCUAUCACAAAUAGAGUCACAAAGAAGUCCCUUGAAGAUAAGGAGUCUGGUAAAAAGUUUAGGAAAAAUUCAAUUCACAAGUGCUUAUUCCUUGCUAAAACAAUUUCAAAUAAAAAGGGAACAUGUUUUAGCUGCAUGUGGGGCUAAUAGUAGUAAACAUGAGACAAGGAAAAAGGGCAAGAUGCCGGAAAAGGUGCUGAGAAGAGGUGACGAUGAAGGUCAAAGCAAAAUGGUAACCAAGAAGAUAACAAACAUCGGAGACGGUGAGGAUCAAAUCAAGAUGCCAACAAAGAAUUCCAACGAAGAAAAUCAUCUAGUCAAGAUGAAAGCCAUUGAACAUGAGGAUCAAGGUGGGAAGAAGCCAUCUAGGAAGAAGGUGCCAAUGAAGAAAUCAAAGGUGGAGGGUGAUAAAGUCAAGAAGCUGACCAAUAAGAUGCUGCUGAAGGAAUCGAAUGAACAAGAUGCCAACGAAGAAGAACAUAAGAUUGAGUCUCUUAUCCCUGCUAUGACUUUAGACGAAUUUUUUGAAAAAUAUGGGAUAUCAUUAGAUGAAAAUGAUGAAGAAUAUGAAUAUGAUUGUGAUGAGCUCAAUCCAACCGUUAGUGAUAGUAGUGACACUCAACUCGGUACCAAAAAGAAAAAAGUUCGUGGUCCCACCCAACUCAAGCAUAUUCAUGCUUUGGAGACACAAAUAGAGUUAACAUGGUACAAUGGCAAACCCAUAGGCCCAACAAAGACACAGGUUCAAUUGUUUAGUCGAUUCUUGGGAACACUUGCAAGAAACUCUAAUUUGGUCACAUUGUUAUAUACUAAUUGGCAAGCUGUGUCCAUUGAGACUAAAACUUCAAUGUUGGAUUAUGCAAAGUCUAAAUAUAACAUUCCUAGUGAUGCUGAGCCUUGGGUGAUAGAUACCAUUGGAGAGGCAUGGAAGCAAUUUAAUAAACGCAUAAAGAAAUAUCACUAUACACCGUACAACUCAUUUAGAGAGAUGAUGAAAAAUCGUCCAAUGACUGUACCUGAACUGCAUUUUCGAAAAUUAGUUCAAUUUUGGAGGCUUGAUAUCAUCAAAGUUAUUUCUGACAAAAAUCGUGAAAAUAGAUCCAAGCAAAAAUGGAAUCAUCGAAUGGGUCCAGUUAGUUUUGAAUUAGUGCGCGCUGAAUUGCGAGCAAAGAAGGAGGACAAUGAAGAUCCAUCACAAUCUGAGAUGUUUGUUGUAACUCGUACGAGCAAAAAAGGAGAGACUGAUUCGGGAACACAAGAGACAAUUGAACAUCUUCAAAAUUUGAAAGAAGCAGGAUACAAUGAUGAUGAAGCAGUUCAAACAGUUUUCGGGAAGGAGAGACAUGGAAGAGUUCGUUUUUAUGGUCGAUCAGUCACAAAAUCCUCUCUUAAAAAGGAGAAGGAAAUCCGACAAAUGCAGCAACAACAUAAUGAAGUGGUUUCAACUAUGGAGAAAAAUCAAAAUAACUUAACUUCCAAGUUGGAUGGUUUAACAAACUUGAUUAAAACGUUGUUGCAACAAGUCAAUCCUGGUAUGAGUGCAGAACAAGUGCAAGUAAUGAUAGAAGCUGCCCAACAAUCUCCGCCUGACGCGAGUAGUGCACCAAAUGAUGCGCGGCGAAGCAUUCCUCCUUCACUUGGAUCGAACCAUGUAUAAAAGGAUAUGAAAGAAGACAUGAUGUGAUGAAGAAAAUAUGUUCCAUACAAAUAUCACAUGAGAUGGGUCUUACUACCUUAGUUAUGUAAAUGUAAUAUUUUGAUGUGUUAUGUACUUUUUGAGGAAUUACAUGUAAUUGGAAAAAUUCCACUCUAUUUUGAUUUGUGUUGUUUAGACUAAAAAUUAAACAUAUGUAUCUUAUAAUGAAACUUUUGUGAUUUAGAUUUCUUGAA